GUUCUUUUCUUAAGAUAUCCGUAGUGGCAAAAUAAUAUAACGUAACAAGAGAACUCCGCCGCAAUUGUCUAAAAAUUUUUUCUUCAAUAAGUUUGUUAUUCAACGAUGUCAUCUGAAAAAGAACAAUAUGAUAGGGUACAUACCCCAGCGACUCCUGGUCAAACUAAAAUCGAAAUGGUACAGGCACAGAUUGAUAGUACGAAAGGUGAAAUGCAAAAAACUCUUCAAGACCUUGCUAAUCGAGGGAGAAAAUUAGAAGAAUUGGAAGAACAAACAGUUAUGCUAUCAGAUUCCGCUUCAGUGUUUAAAACUAGUUCUUCAAAAGUUCGUAGAAAUAUGUGGUGGAAAAAUACUAAGAUGACCGUUAUUUUAACCAUUACAAUACUUAUUAUUCUAGCCGCCAUCAUUGUUCCAACUGUUCUUAAACUUCAAGGAAAGAUCUAAAUAAAACCAAAGAGAGUAAAUUUUUUUAAUCGUAGUUUGUGUAAUUAUUUAAUUAUUUAUCGUGUAUAAUAAUGUUAUCUAUACACUUAUUUAUUCCACCUCCCCCAUAAUCAUACGCACCUACUCACGUUCUUAAUAGUUCCCAUUAAUUCUUUUAAUUUUUUUAAUUUGAAUUGAAAAAAAAAGAAAUAGAUAGAAAUUGCGAACUUUUUUUUUAUUAUAUUAUUAUAUUAUUUU